AUGCUCUCUAUCAAGUCCACCCUUCUCACUCUUGCGCUUUCCACCGCCGCGCUGGCUGGCGUGAAAUGUGACGGCGACGGCCUACAGGCAUACAACGACCAACUCCAGCAGUGUAUCGAUGAACUUCACAGUCGAGGCCAGGAACUUUGUACCGUUCCAGGGGGGCAGCUCAAUAUGGGGUUCGUCCAUAUUGGCACAGCCAUGAUCACGGGCAUGCAUAAUGGGGAUAACACUGAACAAGACCAAAGUUCAUGGUGCUCGCAUAUUGCGGACGCCGCGCAGGAUGUUCUUGAUGAGUGUGGCAAGGACAAAGAUACUGCCGCUGGUUCCAAGGAAGCUUAUGGAAACGGCAAUAUUCUCGUUAAUCUGAUCUACCGGGCAGAGGAUGGCCCCGACACUUAA